AUGGACUCCGCGGUCAGAAGCCUGCAAUCCCAGGUCGCCACGAUCAACAACGGACUCGCUAACUUGUCCAACCUGGCCACCUCGUCUUUCGAGGCUAUUCAAAAGCAGAUGGAGGUGCGGAUUGCCACAGUCGAAGGAACGGUCAACCAGCACACAUCCGAGAUCAACAGCCUCAAGAUGCAAAUCACGAGGCUCCAAACCCUCCUCGGGGACAUUCAAUCAGAGAGACCCACGCCGAAGCCGAUCGACCAGUCGUUCAACCGCGAGAUCGACCCGUCCAUUUUGGUCCCGAAGUUGAACUUUGCGAAGGAAUACAGGCGUGGCCAGGACCCGAUUUUCAUGACAGCCCUUGGGAAGAUGACUGAGCUCUACGUUUCGGUCCCGACUCACUACAGCGCUCAGCAUCGGCUACUCACCUCGAUAUGUCGGCAGUUUGUGAGUUUCACGGGCUGGAUCUUGAACCAGCUUUGCGUGUCGGGCGAGGUACUUGACCUUCCCGAGGCUCUCUUCAGACGGGGAGUUCGUGACCGCGCCCCCGUGCAAGUGUCGCUGUCUUACGGCCGUCCUGCGAGUUCGGAUCGGAGGUAUUCCAGCAUCCCCUCAGAGGUUUACCUUCACCCGAAAUACUCCGAGGUUCUCCAGAAUAUUUCAGAGAUUUGCGACAUCGACUCGCUCACCCCGCCCCUCGCCCUCGACUUCGUUACUAGGAUGAUGCAGGAGGCCGCGAAGAUAGCCAGGAACACUAUGCUGCGAUCCUCGCCAGAUAGUCUCUUCUCGAGGCGGUUCCUCAGCAUCGACGUGCUGGAGCGGACCGUCACUCUCACGAAUGCAAGCGAAUUUGCCGAGAUCACUGACCAUAUUCAUCGUCAGGUGAUCCGCGGCCGACUGUGGGCGCCGUUUGGGCGACGGGUGUUGCUCAAAGGCAUCUGUGCGGACGGCGGGGCCGUCGUGCGCGUGCCUAUCGGAGUCCUGCAGCUGCUCGGGCAGCACUGGGGCGCAGUCUUCGGCGAGAGGAGAAAGUCUGACCUCAAUGCCAUAGAUCAGUAUCUCGAGAAGCACG